CUUUGAUAUAAAAAUACACAAAAAAUCUAAAAAAAACGAAAUAUAAAAAUAUCCUAAAGAUAAAGAAAAGAUAUCAAAAAUCUGUUUUCGGUAAUUUUCGCGUUUUCUUCAACUUCAACUCUCGUUCCAAUCGUUCUCGUCAUUCGCAUCCAUUAUCGGGUUAUAUCACUGACCACCCAAUACCAACAACAUCGCAAUCACCGUCGCCAAGAACCAGUCUCCAAUUUGCUAGUCCUUAUCAGCAUUUUUCUUUGUUUGUUAAUAUCCAAUCAAUCAAUUCAACAUGAAUACCCAAUCGAAGGUGUACCGCACCGGCGAAGAAAUCUAUGACAACUUGCCAUGCGAUGGUUAUUUCAACAUGAAUGCCAUUCGCAAUCUGGGAAUCCCGACUACAUUCCCGACCAUUGGAACCUUUACGCUUGACUCAACCACUUUGGGAUUGCAGCCGCAAGGUCAGGGGCCGUCUCAGCAACAUCAGCAGCAGCAGCAGCAAAAUAUGCAUCAUCACCAACAGCAGCAGCAGCACCAACAACAGCAGCAGCAGCAGCAGCAUAUGCAACAGCAGCAGCAACACCAACAGCAGCAGCAACAACAUCAACAGCAGCAGCAACAUCAACAGCAGCAGCAGCAUCAACAACAGCAGCAGCAACAACAUCAGAGCAUUGGAAUGUUUGAUGCCAACGAGGUUAACGAUGUCAUCCAGAAUCCUCCUCAAAUCGGUGUAUUUCAAUCUAACAGUGUUUUGACCAAUGGAGCUGGGAGCUCCUCUUCGAUCUUUGGCUCCCAGUCGAGCAAUUCUUCGGCCGCAGCUGCGGAUCCCAGCCAGACCACCCGGGAAACUGGCAUCAUCGAGAAGCUGCUGCACUCCUAUGGAUUUAUUCAGUGCUGCGAGCGGCAGGCGCGUCUCUUCUUUCAUUUCUCGCAAUUCAGCGGUAAUAUUGAUCAUUUGAAAAUCGGAGAUCCCGUGGAGUUUGAGAUGACCUAUGAUCGCCGUACCGGCAAGCCGAUAGCUAGUCAAGUGUCUAAGAUAGCCCCAGAGGUUGUACUUUCCGAGGAGCGUGUCACCGGCACGGUGACCACCGAGCUGCGCACGGAUAGCGCCAACAAUGUGCUCAACUCCAGCGAGACCACCGGUCGCAUAAGCUAUGAGAACCGAGGCGAAUGCUUCUUCUUACCCUAUACCAAAGACGAUGUGGAAGGCAAUGUCAACUUGCGCGCUGGCGACAAGGUCAGCUUCCAAAUCGCAACGAACCAAAGAGGUAAUCUAGGCGCCUGCCAUAUUCGCCUGGAGAAUCCGGCGCAGCCGGUCAAGUAUCGUGGCGUGGUCUGUUCGAUGAAGGAGUCGUUCGGCUUUAUCGAACGCGCCGAUGUGGUUAAGGAGAUUUUCUUUCACUUCUCUGAGGCCGAGGGCAAUGUGGAGCUGCGUCCCGGUGACGAUGUCGAGUUCACCAUCCAGACGCGGAGCGUAAGUGGCAGCGGCGAUCCGACCAACCCCAACCUCCUACAAUCAAAAAUGCAGUCUGCAUCUGUGCCUCCGCAGGGCCGUGAAUUUGCGUGCAACAUCACGCGCCUAGCACCGGGAUCGGUGAUCUUCGAGGACGUGGACAGCACGGUGUAUAAGGGCCAAGUGCUCAAGUCGCUUGAUCGCAACAAUCCGGUGCGUCAGAACAAUGAUCCCUUGCCGGGUCGCAUCCGUUACAGGGCUUUGGAUUACUCCGAGGUGGAGGUACCGUUCGGGGACAAGGACCAGAAGGGUGACUUCACCCUGCGCCACGGUGACUGGGUGCAGUUUCUCCUGGCCACCGAUCGGCGUGAUCAAUUGCAGCGGGCCACUUCGAUUGCCCUGUUGGACGAGACCUUCAAGGUGUCCGGCGAGAAGAGAGAGCAGGGCACCAUCGCCUCACUAAAGGAGGGCUUCGGCUUCCUGCGCUGCGUAGAGCGACAGGCCCGUCUAUUUUUCCAUUUUACUGAAGUUUUAGAUACGAGCCGCGAAAUCGAUGUCAACGAUGAGGUGGAAUUCACUGUUAUUCAGGAGCCUGGAUUGGCCUAUAAUAACUCGCGUUUGCAGGCCAUACGCAUUAAACACUUGCCGCCCAACUCAGUGCAAUUCGAAACUCUAAUGGCCAGCAACAUAGAGGGUUGCGUAACACGAGAGGCCCCUAAGAGCCCAAUUAAAUCUCAAGAUCGCGUCGAGGGCGGUGUGAUUACCUACGAACAUGCCGAUGUUAAAAAGACUAUAAUGUAUUUUCUUAAAGACUGCGAAAAACCACCAAGGAUUGGGGAGCGAGUACGCUUCGAUAUUUACAUGGUCAAACGUAACAAGGAGUGUAUAGCCGUCAACGUACAGCUAGUUUCGCUGCAGCAACAACAGCAGCAGCAACAGCAGAUGCUUCUUAAUCAGCCGAUUGCUGGAGCAAACAUAAACCAGAAUGACCAGCUUGCAGGAUUGUCGAAUGGAGUCAGUAGCAGCAGCUCGAAUGCCUCGCUGCAGAAUGGCUAUGUCAUGCACGGCAGCCCCGGUGGCAGCACUAGCAGCGUGGGCAGCAACAAUCCUGGUCACCUGGACGACUUUAAGCUGGAGAACAACAAUCAUGCCGGAACCGAGGCCGGUCAGGUGUACCGCGGCUUCAUAGCCGUGAUGAAGGAGAAUUUUGGAUUCAUUGAGACUUUGUCCCACGACGAGGAGGUCUUCUUUCACUUCAGCAAUUAUCUGGGCAACCCCAAUUGGUUGGAGUUGGGUCAGGAGGUUGAGUACACUCUGGCCCGCAACGGAAAUACUUCCGUUUCUGGAAACUGCCUGCCUGCGGAGAAUGUUCGCAUGCUGCCAAAGAACUCUAUUCCUCAGCCGGCUGUGCUGGAAACCACGCACAAUGGCGUGGUGGCUCGUCCGCUGCGCUGCAUCAAUCCCGACCAGCAGGAGUACGCCGGUCUCAUUGAAAUUCUCGAUGAGCUGCGCACCACCGUCAUUUCGCAACAUGAGUUCGGGAUCACUAGUCUGGUGAACAAGAGGGAUCUGCUCCAGAAGGGCGAUCUUGUUAGCUUCCGCAUUGAUGAGAGCGGCCGGGCAGCGAACGUAAAUGCCGUUAGGCAAAAGAAACGCGCCACUGUGGACUCCAUUAAGGGGCAGUUUGGUUUUCUCAACUUUGAGGUGGAGGAUGGUAAGAAGUUGUUCUUCCACAUGUCCGAGGUGCAGGGCAAUACUGUCGCCUUACAUCCAGGAGAUACUGUGGAGUUCUCCGUGGUUACCAAUCAGCGUAAUGGAAAGUCUUCGGCUUGCAAUGUUCUAAAAAUAAACGAUCGUCCGGAUCGUCUGAUCUCGCGCCUCAAGCUCAACGGCGAUGACACUGUGCCGCGCCUAAUCCUCAUUCGCGCACCAAAGGGACCGCAGGGCAAAGGCUUUUCUGUUCUAGCGCGUCAUCCACGCAUUCCAGGCAAUUUGGUGGAGUAGAUUGCUGAAAAUGUUGCAUUAGCAAGCCAGAUAUUAGAUGCACAUCAAAGACAAUUACCUACAGCUAUAUAUAUUCUUGUACGCAAGCCAUAAAUGAGCAGGCUACCAAUCAACCAACUAACAGCAACGUGAACUUGUCGCCCUAACCAUAUACACAAACAUUUAUAACGAAUAUAAUCCCUAGAAGCAAACAAACACUAUUGGAAACGAUCUAAUUGAUAAUAAUUGAUAGCAAAGGCAUACAAUUAAUAUUUACGAAACUACUUAACGGCAACUCAACAAGAGAACUCUUCGUGUCUGAAAUCGAAACUUAUUUGUAAUAUUACCAACUAACCCCUCCACCAUUGUAACGCUUUGUUUUCAACUAGACGCAACCGUGAUCCGAGUUGUGGCCAGUUUGAAGCAAAAUGAAAUUGAAAUCCAAGUGUCUGAGAGAUGAAACCAAAACGUUUGUAUACGUAUACUAUUUUCUACUAGUUUGCUUUAAUUUUAACUAAUUAAAAAAUCAAUGCGAAAAACAAAACAAAGUGAGAUGAAGGAAACAAGCAACAUAAUCUAUGAAGUAUUUAUUAUAGAAUGGCAACGAAAUCCUUGCAUAAUUGCGUUAGAAAUUGUAUAAAAGCAACACUCUCUAAAUACAUUUAUCUAUAGCUGCUUUUACUGUAUCUUGCUCUACUCGUAUUCUUUUGUACUUCUCGAAAACUGUUCUUUCACUGCUUUCAAUCUUACUGUUAACGAUUUAUAUUUAUUGAAUAAUUAUUGUACUGCGGCAGCAACAGUUAAGGUAGAACAACAAUCGCAGCAGCAACAUCAACAUCAACAAGAAAUCAAUCAAUGGAGUGAAGCAAGAAAAAGUAUUUAUAUCUACAAGUACAUAUAUAUUUUACAUAUUCAUUAACGUAAACAAAACUAAUAUUAAUGUUAUUAUUUCCUUUAAUUUGAUCUUUGCUUGUGAACACCCCCAAGUUGUUUCGCCAAAUCUUUUGUUGCAUUCAGACGGUUGCAUUAACUUAUUACGUAACAUAUUAUACAAAAACAUACAUACAUGCUACAUCUUAAAUAUUUAUUUAAAGCAACAACAAAACGCAUUAAGAAAACUCACAAAAAAAUAUUGAGGAGAGAAGUAAAUUACGAAAAGUUUUGUGUGACGAUGAAGAGCAAAUUAAAUUUGCUGCGCCAAAUCUGUUGAAACCAUUUAAUGAAGAUUAUAAAAAUAAUUUUUAAAAAAUCUAUAUACAUAUACGAAAAAAAUCUAAAAAAAAAAUAAAACUAAAAACCAAACCUUAUGAGCGUGUCGUGUGUCGGUAACAAAGAGCAAAUAUUGUGAAAAUUAUGAAUUUCAAUUACUAAGAAACAAAAAAACUAAUGUAACAAAAAAAAACACAAAAAAACAUUUAACAAGCUAACAACAAAUUUGGGAUCAGUACGUCCUAUUAUAGCCAUGUUAUAUACAACUACAACAGCAAAAACCACAAAAACAAGAACUUACACUAAGCAACACAGACACUCACAGACAAAACCAGAACAAAGAGCAAGAAAAAAUAGUAACUUUAAUAUUGUAUAACGAUUAUACAUCUACAUAUAUAUAGAUAUAUGCCGGAUAUACAUCCCGAGGGAUAUAUCCUGCAGGGCGGGUGGGGUAACUGAGGUUGAUGAAAUAGUCGACAGAAAUGCCAAACGCCAUCGCUGCCCAAAACAUUUUCAAAGCGGCCGGCACCUGGGCGUUUUGUCUUUCAUGCAAUGCAA